UUAGCAAAACAACUCGAGUUUUUUCUCAACCAAAAUCAAUUAUGACAUCUGGAUGUGAAACCGUGUUAAUUGAUGCAAUGCAACUUAUCAUUUCCGAAUUAUCACGUUUUCCUACAGAAGCCACCAGUCCCGGUCGACAAGCUGCUUGUGCUGGUGUUCGUGCAUUUUUACAUCGAAUGGUUGCUUGUAUUAUACCAACAAAUGAAUCAAAUUCCAUUGGCUGUAGAAGUACAUUGACAUCGGAUGUACUGCUGGCUGCCCUUGUAGAUGCUGUACCGAAAUUAGUGAAACCGUUACAAUCACUUGCAGUCACUGGUACUGCUACUACUACUGCGACUACUGGUAAUGAAGUGUUAGAUACAGUGGAUGCAGAACAACGUUGGAAAGAAAUUCGUGAUAUAAUACCGCUUGUUACACAAGUUGUACUCAGAUAUAAGAAUCAAAGUAUUCCAUUUUUAUCAAGUUGUCUGCCACAUUUAAUGGAAGUUAUCAUUAAUGCAUUAAAUGAACCUUUACCACCAAAUCAUCCAACAUUAAUUGAAGAACGCAAAUUAUUACGUCGUGGUUAUCUGCAAUUAGUUCAAACUAUUUAUCAAUCAGUUCCAGAUGUAUUUUCACAACUUAUUAGUGAAAAUAUUGUACAAAAUCUUUCCACUGUACUUGGACAAGUACAAGCCUGUUUAGAAACCGAUGACCCAAUUGGAUUACGUUCAGGCAUAAUAUUAUUUUUACAACUUAUUCAAUCAGCUGCUCAUAAUACACAAUUUUAUGAAGAUUUCUUAUUACCACAUCUUGUUCCAUUUUUUAUACUUGGUCCAAUCUCUCCUGUCUUUCGUUUGUCUGAUGGUCAAUUUAUAUUGGCUCUGGAUAAAAUUGCUGAAAGUUUGCAUGUUUUACAUCAAAAACAAGAUGGAUUGUAUAUAUAUUUAAAAGAUUAUUUCCUACCAAGACAACAAUUAUCCACUGAACUAAUUCAAUCUUAUACAACUGCAUUAAAAUCUAGUUUGAAAGAUUUUCAAUUGUUUAUUAGAACUUUCUAUGCAAAUUUCCACUGAUGUGUGCACUGUUGCUGGUGGUGUGGUGUUAAUCCUCUAUGUUGAAUGAAUUCUAAGCCAGACACAUAACAAAGCAUCAUCUAACUCCUAUUGGUGUGUUUAUUACUGUAUAGGUUUUUCAAUUGCUGAUUACAACAAUAAUUAUUAUUAUCAUUAUUCAUGUAAAAAAAAUUAUUCAAUAUCCAAUGUGUGUUAAAUUAUGAUUUCAAUCGAUGCAAAUAUCAUUCAUUGUUUAUAUAUAUACAAUAUGUGUGUGUGUGUGUGUGUAGACUAGAUAUUUGUAAUGCACGUGAAUAUCUUAUUCCAUGGAUUUGUAAAACAGAGUAUGAUUUCUGCUUAUAGUGGUGAUUAUUUACAUUCCUUUUAUGUAAUAAAAAUGGAAAAAAGCAAAGAAUAUUUCUCUCCUCCUCCUCGUUGUUAUCCUUUAUUUCCCCUGCUCUCGAUUUAAAUUAUAAGCUAUGAUUGAUUAGUUUUUUUUCUUUGCACACAACAAACGAGAACUUCUAUUGUUGCCUUAUUCAUUCAUUGCUGUGUAUGUAACCUAUUUGAUUAUGCUUUGUACAUGGUUCGUGUAUUCCAUUAAAAAAAAAGAUCCUAAAACAUAGUUAUUUGUUGAGCAGUUAGUUGUCUUAUUUGUUAAUUUUAAAUAAACAUCAAG